GCCUGUUUUCCUCAAUUGUUACCACGUUAAGACGUUACGUACCGGUGGAAAGCUGCGCGCAGGAAUGAACGCAAUGACAUAAACGAGCCCCAGGAACUACACAAGUCAAACACAAAACCUGCUAGAUUUAGAAAUUCAAGAUGGUUUUGGAAUCUAUUUCAAGGAUAAUAAAAGUCCAGCUUCCAGCCUACCUCAAGAGGCUUCCGCUUCCGGAGACGAUCGGCGGAUUUGCCAGGUUAACAGUGUCCGAAUGGCUCCGGUUGCUGCCUCUGCUGGGUAUCCUGGCUCUGCUGGGCUAUCUGACCAUUCGCCCCUUCCUGCCGAAGAAGAAGAAGCAGAGGGACAGCCUGAUCAACCUGAAGAUCCAGAAAGAGAACCCCAAAGUGGUCAACGAGAUAGACAUCGAGGACCUGAACAGCGCAAAUGUGUGUUACUGUCGCUGCUGGCGCUCCAAAACUUUUCCUGUUUGUGACAAGUCACAUUUAAAGCACAAUGAGCUUACUGGAGACAACGUGGGACCGCUCAUACUCAAAAAGAAGAUACUAUAAUUGAUCACUGAUGGAAUUUUUCUUCUCAUCUCCACAGUCUUUAGUUUUUAUUUCUUAACAUGAUGUUUUUCCUUUUUCUCACCCUGUUGUCAUGUUUAUGUUGCUCAGAAAUGUGGAUGACAAGUCUUUGUUUGAAGUGAUUCUAAUACACAUAGGAAUACAAAACAGAACAGAAACCUGUAUUUUAGGAUCUUUACAUUACAUUGUGCAUUAAGGAAGCUUUUUCUCUUCUUUGAUAGGUUUACUUUUUUUUUGGUUAACAGAGCAGCCUGUUUAUAUGACUGUAGCUUCAAUUUUAGUCAUGCCUCAACUCUUUUGGAAUCAAUUACAACACAUUGGGACCACUUUGAGAGGAACACUUGAAACAUAAUUGCAGUGACUUUAUGGUUGUAAAAAUUAAAUACUUAAAUAUUAGUCCAACCUAGGAUGAACACUGUACUGUAUGUCUCCAUUUUGGACGAUAUGUUGGUAUUUUUUAACAAACAAUCUUUUUGUCUGUGAGCCAAUAUACUGUUCACUCUUUCAUGAUGUGAUAUAUUCUCUUAUAAGUUAUUGUGUGUGUGGUAAGCUAUUUGUUAUGCUUCAAUUUCAUUUUGAAGCAUUUGAGUUUUACAUGUUGUUUUCAACUCUGUUGCCUACAAACAUUUCAAACUACUGCAUUGUUGAAAAAUAUCCAGUUACACAGGUUUAUCCUCCCUACCCAACUUUCUGCAUUUUUCUAAUGGCUGUAUAUAGCUGACCUCCUACUGGAAUAUUCCUACUUGAUUGAUCAGCAAUAUGUUAUACAUAAAUAGUUUGUAUCAUCAAAAGUGUGCCCAUGAUGAUGUCUAUUAAUAACUGUGUUCAUGAACCUUUGUAAUAUUACGGCUUGAAUUGAUUCAUUAUGUGCUUAAUAUGUAAAAAAAUGAAUAGUCGGGAUGUUAAAGUCAAGAGUUUGGAACUGUAGCUUGAUUUUCCAUCUAUCUAUACUACGACAGAGGAACAAUGUAUGAAAGCAAUCUUAAGCUGAAAUCAAUUAAAGAUAACUGAACAUAUCAAAUGAUCA